AUGACAACCCGCAGUACCAAGAGCAGCCGAAGCGGCUAUGCUCGCGAGGUUAUGACCGACGGCGAUGUGUAUGUCUUUCUCCUUCAGGUCGCUUACCACGCCCAUCUCUCACUGGCACGAAGAGACGCCAAGGCUCGAGCGAGGGAGAGUUUGACGUCCAGCACAGCGGCGGCGUCAUCUGCAGCAUCUGCAUCGACGUCGAAGAAGGCUUCUGAAUCUGCGUCAAAAGGUGACAGCUGGAUGGGCUUUGCCGGCCUCGCAGAUAUGGUCCGCGACGUCGGAGGCUCGUCCAAAUCCGUUCGCUUUCCCGAAAAGCUCAUCAAAAGGCUCAAUGAUCGGCUCGAGCUCAUCGCGAUGGGGCGCGACACCGCUUACAAGGACCAAAGUCUGCGUCAGACUAUCGGCAUCUUCUACGGCACUUUCAAGGAAGCCUCUUUCCAGAAGCAGAUGAAGGAGAACCGCAAGAUCGAGGAGCUCAUCCUCAUCUUUGUCACCACGGCACAAGCAAGCUUGAAAAAGCGCUCUGUUGCGGACGAAUGGAAGCAGGAGCUAAACAAUCAAGUGGGCCACUUUGUCAACAUCAUCCGCGAGUGUCUCAAAACCGUAAGCGGCGUCCCCAGGGAGCUCACGGAUCGACUCGAGGGCUACUCUUCAAAGCUUGCGCCCACCGCCUCAUCCUCAUCCGCCGCUGCAUCCUCCUCGACAGCCGUCUCGUCCGGAUCGAAUGGGUAUGCGGCUGCAAAGGAGUACAUCAACCCCGCUUCUGCCAGUGCUAGUCGUCGAACCAGCUCCGCCAGCACUCUGCCGACCUUAGCAUCCAACCCGCUGGCAGAAUCCAGUAUGGUGCGUACAGUCGGCGCACUCUUUUCCGUCGACCUCAGUCAGCUCAGUCAGGACGUCGAAUUCGUCAAAAAGACGUGCACAGAACAGGCCGCCAUGACCGAUCUCAAACGCUGCGUAAAGAACAUCAACCUGCAACAACCGUGGCCAGGGCGCAAAGAGGACUUUGCAUCCGAAGAGGCUUAUCAGCAAUGGAGGACACAAGAGCUCUCGUCGCUCUCGCAGAUCAUGAUGGAGAUGUGUCAGAGCAAUCCGGAGCUUCUCAAGAGCACGUCGAGCGACAUACCUGGUCAAUCCCCGACGCGGCCAACGGCGUCGAGGCCAGAGUCGUACAACGGUGCUGCUCCUGGCGGCACACCGUCCGGCGAGAGCGUUCCCGACACGACGACGCUGGAUGCCGAGUUUGCAGCUCUGUCCGUCGAUUCAGCCGAAGAUGAUGCGUUUGCCUCCUUUGUCUACAUCCCACCGGAUCCACGCGCAUAUUACCACCGGGCGCUCGAGAUCUGCAUCGACUUUGAUCUCGAGAUGAUCAAGCACCAGCCCGAAGAGGAAGAGGUGUCGCUCAGCAUCCUUUCCAAGAGCCAUGUCGAGCUUCUCGCAGAGUGUGCGCAACGAUGGCGUCUCGCAGCACCUUUUCUCGGCGUUUCGAAUCUCGACGUCAUCAAGGCCAAGUACGACAACGGCGAGGUGCCCCUCGAUUGCGUCUCGGAGUCGCUUGGCUCUGUCACGCGCACCCUUGCCGAGAUCGACUUUGCGAAUUGGAUGCAAGAGGAGCAGACGAAACUUGUUAAGCUCUACACGUCGCUCUUCGAGUCGUUCUUGCGAUAUCUGUACGAGACUUUCCAGGACAUACACGAUGUGGAAACAGACGAGAUCCAGCCCUAUCUCACCAUGGUCCAAGAUCUACAUGCGACAGGGUUGGUGCGGAAGGACAGACGACUGGAAGCCGAUGUCGUAGCUCUCGAGUCGCACGUGGAGGAGCUCAAGGACGCGGUGCGCAUCAUGGCCAUCCACGAAUACACGGCCAAGACCACCGAGCUCUUUUCGCAGGUGGUCGCGAACGAAGUUGUGCCACUUGUUCAGCUGCUCGACUGGCUGGAGAAGGGUGCAAAACGGCUCGACAAGAAAUAUCCGGAGCCGUUGCUGGAGUCGGUGGACCCGGUCUCGCUCGUGCUCGAGAAGCAGGUGCCCUUGUUCCUGGACGACCUCGAGUCAAUGAAGCAGCAGGUGAUCGAUCAUGCUACGCGCGAAAACGAACCGCUUGCGUUCGAAGAUAUCUUCACGCUGUACAGCCGGGUCAAGGCGCUCCUGCGGAUGCACAACGCCUUCUGCCCCAACUCCGGUUCCGCGUUCAGCCUCACGGACUGGUUCGAACCUCACAUCCGUCAUUGGCUCAUGAAUUCGGAGAAGAAGACGGCCGAGUGGGUGCACAACGCGAUCGCCAACGAUGCCUUUACGCCCAUCGAAAGCCAAGACGCCGUCCACAGCAGCAGCAUCGACGACCUCUUUGGCGCCCUGCAGCAGCCCGUCGAUUUCAUCCUCGGUCUCAAGUGGCCUGAUGCGUACCAGAACGCACGCUUCCUCACGACGCUGGCCAAGAUCGUCAGCCGAGCGGUUGAGCAGUACUGCAGCCGAGUGGAGGAAAUGUUCAUGGAAGAGAUGUACCCGCGCACAGCAGAGGAUCAAGACAUGGCGCAGAAGCAGUCCGCCUGGAUGGUCAAAGCCAAGCAGACCAUCUCGGGAGAGAAGAAGGUCGAACCGUUCCACUUCCAGGCCACGUCGUGCGUUCGUCUCAACAACAUCGAGGCUGCACGCGUGCUGCUCGACAAGCUCUACCAGAAGAUCGAUGCGGACAAGCAGGCCGAGAUCGUCAAACGGCAUGCGCCGGAGACUCCGGUGAAGCGGGAUAGGAAUCGCUUCGUGUUCUCGAUCAAGAUCGUGCUGGGAGAGAAUCUGCAGCCGAUCCGAGAUAGUGGGGCGAAUCCGCGCAUCGACUCGUUCGUGACGCUGAGCGAUGAGAGGGGUCAGAAGAUCGCAAAGACGCGCACGAUCUAUGAGACGUCCGAGCCGCGGUGGGACGAGGUGUUCGAUGUGCACGUCGAGCAGCCCAUGUGGCUGGCUGCCACCGUGUGGGACCGCAAGCUCGUAGGAGACCACAACCUGUGUGGACGCGCCUACCUGCGUCUCGAUCCGAGGUACUUUGGCGAUUUCCUGUCGCACGAGCUCUGGAUGGACCUCGAUACGCAAGGUCGGCUGCUGAUGCGUGUCAGCAUGGAAGGCGAGCGCGACGACAUCCUGUACCACUUUGGUCGUGGGUUCCGAUCUCUCAAACGAGCAGAGAGCGAUAUGGUGCGCAUCAUCGUGGACAAGAUGUCGGUGUUUAUUCGACAGUGCCUGUCGCGCUCUUUGCUCAAGACAUUGGUUAGGACGAGCGGUAUCGAUCUGACCAAGGCGUUGGGGAACGUCAAGGCGCUGUACGCUUCGGCGUUGGCAAGCACGAACGUCAACGCGUCGAUGAUCCCACCCGUCGAGCCGGAGGUGAAGCCGAAGAAUCGGCCGGCGCAGUUGACGGACCACGAGAUCGAAGCAGCCAUCAUUCCGCUACUGGACUACCUGGACGAGUGUCUCGCUACACUGAAGGGGAGUCUCUCGGAGAGCGAAGCUUUGCUGGUGCUGACAAAGGUGUGGAAGGAAGUGCUCAACAUUAUCGAGUCCAUCUUGGUCCCGCCGCUGUCCGAUUCGCCUUCGUCCAUGCAUCAGCUUUCGGACAAGGAAGUCGACAUCGUUUUCAAAUGGCUCGGGUUCCUCAAAAACUACUUCCACGCGUACGACGCCGAGACAGGCAUCACGCAUGGUGUACCGCUCGACGUGCUGCAAGGUGCCAAAUACCGAGAAAUCCUAUCGUAUCUGCUGCUGCACGAUCAGUCGACGGACGAGCUGAUGAUGGAGUGCGUCCGCGGGAUGCAAGCCAAGAUGCGACGGGCGGGCACGCAACGCGGUGCCAAGAACAAGUCGGUCCUCAACCAACGUUCGUUGGGGACGAUCAAGAAGAGGAAGCAGGAGAAGAAGGAGGAGGACUCGGAUGCAGCGGCGAACGGGUCAUUGGAUAUGGCGAUGAAGCUGCUGCGGAUGCGACCGGGGACGGGCGACUUUUUGCAGCAGCAGAUGGCGACGAUGCAUACUUUGCAGGUGUCGGCGGUGGGGGCGAGUCCUGCGAGAAGCAGUGCGCCAGGUACGCCGAGGCAGAGCGUGGGGCAGGGGAAGAGGGAGAGUCAGCUGCUGCCUAUGCCGCAAGCUGGAGUUGGAGCUGCGAGGCAAGGGUAUCAGUUGAGAGAUGAUCCGAUGCCGUCGACGAUCCCGCCGGUCGUGGGACCGAGAUCCCCAGGUGGCGGAGCAGGGAUGGGAGGAGGCCAGAGGAACUCGAUGUACGGCAGCGGUUAUGCAGCGAGUCAACCGGAUACGCCGACGAGGAGGAGCUCCAGGCAGAUACCUGGAAAGAGUGCGUACGGCGAUGUGAAGAGCGCUAGGUCUCCUGGCGGUCCUGACUCGGUGUACAAUCGUAUCUCGCGGCAGUUGUAG